AUGUUCUUCCUGUCAUCUCGCGAAGCCCUGAAUGCGUUUACACGCAACCCGAGGCCCUACCUCGGUCCCAUCGGGGUGCUGCCGAGAGCGCCUGUUCGCAUCGCUGUGGUGGGCUACCUGGAGUCGGGUGCACGGUCGCUCUGUCGCCUGAUUGCCGACAGACACCAUGCCGUCUGGAUCAGCCUCACAGACCUCCUUCGAAAGGAACACGCUGCCAAGCGUGCGGAGAUGCGAUACCAAGUCCGCACCCAAGUUGAGGCCUCCCUGAUCGAACAAAUGAUCAGUCAGCGCCGACGAGAAGUUGACGCGAUCGUGACAAGUGCCUUAGUUGACAAUGCUCUUUCUGACUUGACAACGCAAGUCGUGAACGAUGUUGCUGAAUCGACCCUCGAGAAUCUCCUUCCUCCUCGGAGCGAAGACAAAUCCUCUCGUUUGAAAGAGGAAAUAACCCCAGACAAUCCGGAGAUUGUUGAGGAGGUGACAAGAGCCAUCCGAUUUGCCAACGCUAGUCCGAACUACCUCGAGCCAAAGGUGUACGUGGACGCUCUCGUCCAGGAGCUGGAACGCCUUGACUAUGAAAAUCGAAAUGUCCCGCCUUUGAAACGCAGGCAAAUACGUGGCUUUUUACUCUGCAGACCACUUAAUUGGGUGAUCGAGGGGAUACCACCGUUGCCGGAAGUGUGGCAGGAUUUGGUCCAACGCUCGAAAGCGGUGGCAUCGGAGGUGAAGUCGGUGCGAGAAGCUGUCGAGAAGCUGCACACACUAGAGCAGGCCGCUAAGCGCGCAGGCCAACGGCGUGGAGGUGACGAGGAGGAGGAAGAGGAGGCCAAGGACGAAGAAGGGCUCAUGGAAGACGGCGGGAAUGAGAAGGAUGAGUCGGAAAAUCCCUACGCCAAGACUCCCAGUCCACGUCUCGUCGCAGCUCGUCAGCUGGCCGAAGAGGCCAACGCCAAGGUCAUUCCCCCCGACCCCAUGCCUUCCUUCGUCUUCAAGCUCAAAGACGCCCUGCCUGACAACGCUUUCUUGAUUCACAAACUCUACACCAUUGGAUUUGGUCCAUUGGAAGGUUUACCAGCCCUGCCGAAGACGGCUAGGGAUGAUAUGGUUUCGAUGGAGCCCAUGGCUGCAACUGAAACUGCGGAUGGUAGCACGAAGGAGAAAACCCAAAGUAAGGCUAAAGCGGAUGACGACGAUUCCGUAACUGAGCCCCCAGAGGACCCGCCCGGCUCGAACCAGGCCUUUGACCCGAUGCCCCAGCCCGGUCCCGAAGUGGACUGUGUGCGUGACCAGUUGGUGCGCUUCGACGCGGCCUGGGAGACCUCUAAACAGGCCAUUUCUGGUUAUUCCACGGCCUACGACUUCCCGGUGCGCACACAGGAGAUAUUGAUCAGGAAGAAUACAACUCUCGACAAUAUCUACGACGAAGUUAACGAAGAAUUUGAAAAGCUCUUUCGAUUUGCGGCGAGAGAAACCUCGCAGGACGAACUUGACGAGGCGGUCGAAGCCGAGUCGGAGGGCUUCGACGAGACCGGCGGGCUGGAGGACAACCCCGCCCUCAAAGACGCCCUUGGCGAGGAGGGCGAGGAAGGAGGCGAGGAAAACGAGGAGGAGCAAGAAGAGGGCGCCGAGGAGGAGGCGGAGGAGGAAGGAGCCUCGGGAGAGGAAGGUGAGGAAUCAAUGCAAGAGGAGGACCCAUCACGUGGGACGAAUCGUCGUCUGGGCCAAACCAGUUAUUUCUGCCCAGUGGCAUAUCAUGAGCUGCGGAUCCUGAAGCCCGGUGACCCCGAGAUGGUGGUCACCUACAAAGGCCUCGUCUACUACCUCAGCGAUGAGAAGGAGCGGGACAAAUUUCUUGCCGAUCCCGAGAAAUACGUAGGUGGUGGUCACCAGGGCCCGUUAAAGCCACCGCCACUGCGCAUUGUGCUUCUGGGACCAACGGGAACAGGGAAGACCCUACACGGUCGUCAACUCGCCUGCCGACUGGAUGUCAUCCACGUGAGCUUUAAUCAGCUCCUUCAGGAUGUCAUGAUGGCCAAAUUGAAAAAGAACAUUGGUCCUGAGUACGUAGACGACGUACCGAUUCCGGUGAAAGUGAUGCCUGACCUUGAAGCCGCUGUUGCAAAGGCCUUAUUGCAAAUGCAAAACCCCGAGGACGCUGUGGAGGCAGCCGAGCCAGAGGCUGUGGAACAGGAGAGUGAUGCCACUCCAGAUGGAAUCAGUCCGCACGAUCUUGCCAUUCGCGAAUUCCUCGAGAAUGACGAACCCCUGCCGCAGGAAUCCCUGAACCUCCUUGUGGCCAGGCUCUGGCACGAGGAGCCCUACAGGUCGCGUGGAUUCAUCCUCGAGGGCUUCCCGCGCACAACCGACGACGUGACCUACAUGGUGGAAUCCAACCUCUACUUCGACUUUGCCAUUGUUCUCAAUGCCGAAACCGAUGAUGUUAUACCUAGACUACUACCUGCAAGGCUUGCCAAAUGGAAGGUCAAAAUGUCGAAGAUCAAAGCAAACAAGCAAAUAGAGGCUGAGUGGAAUAAGAAGAAAAGACAGCGUAUUAGGGAAGAGAGACGCAAGAUGAUCAUCAAAUCGAUUAAUGAGAAGAGGAUGGCCAAAUACAAACAAGGGGGAGACGACGUGGCCGAUGAAAAUUUGGACGAAAACAACGAGCUCGAUGACGAGGUCAAUGUUGACGAACUGCUGGACGAAGAGCUACCAGAAGAGGAAGCCGAAGAGAUGGAGGACGAGGAGAACGAGGAGAGUGCAGUGGAUCGAAUAACCGAGGAUAUCACCGAGAGGGUUGAAAAUGAGACUGAAAAUGUCGAAAGCGUUCUGGAAGAACUCACUGAGGCCAAGAUACCUCAUUACUCAGUUCGUGCUAACGACCGUCUCACUCGUGUCCGCUACCGCCUAAUCAAGAAAAUCAAGAACUUAAUCAUAAACCGCGAGGCCAUUUUCGAGCGUGUGUAUCCAGUGACACUGGAGGAGGCGGAAAAUCUAGUUGCAAGUGGCUUCAAACACCUCUCCUUGUUCGGACGCUUCUGUCCCGUCACGUGGAGUCGCGUCUCCACGGCCCGCUUGCCGCCACGCAACCCCUCGCCCAUCCUGCGCUACUCCGUGAUCAAUCAGAAGGCCCUGGAGCGACAGCUGGGCGACGAGAUCGACCCGACGGUGGGAAAGAAGGUGAAAAAGGGUCCCGGCGCAAUCAAAACCUGCGCUGCAGUCUACCGCGAGUGCGUCUACUGGUUCGACUCGGAAUCGGAGAGGAAGACUUUUACUGAAAAUCCCAUCGCCAUAAUCAACGCCGCCGGGGAUCAGGCUCGAACCCUUCUACAUCAGCCGCUCAGAGUUGCCAUCAUCGGGUCUCCGUCAACAGAGCGAAGCAACAUUGCGAAACGACUCGCGACUCACUUGAACGUCGCUUACGUGACCACUCCAGCGGUGGUAAGGUGGUUCCUUAGCUCGACGUGUCAAAGUUGGACGCAUCUCGCCAAUGAGAUCAAAGAGAUCAUGUUGGCGGGCAAUUCGCUUCCCGACAGCGUCGUCGCACAAGUGCUCAAGGUGGCUCUCAUAGCACCACAAAUACAAUCUAGGGGUUACAUCUUGGAUGGAUUUCCUAUAACAUCAGAACAGGCGCAAUACCUGACGUCUUCGCCCAUUCGACCCAUCCUCACUCUCGAACUGUACAAAGAUCAAUUCGGCUUUUUUUCGACAGAAGUGAGCCGGUUUUUCGAUAACUGGAAUAAUCAGGAUCCACAAAAUUGCCCGUUCCUCCAAAUCUGGUCAUCAAUCAGAUCCAGGCGUGGGCAAAUUCAGGUACUGGAGGUGCAUCUGGUUCUGGGGGAAGUAGAAGAGGAGCAGACGGAAGCGCUGACAGGCUCGGUAGAGGAAGUAGAGGCGGUGAAGGAGCUGCCGGAGGUUCAGGAAGAGAUGGUGGACAAAGUGGACGGGGUGGUCGGGACAAAAAAGGUGGUGGCUCUGGACGAGAAGAAAGUGAUGGCGGACGUGGAGGAGGAAAAGGAAAGGGAAAGGGGUCCGGAGCAGACGAUAAUGGGGAAGGUGGAUCCGGGAAGCGGAAGAGUGGUAGAGGAGGAGGAGGAGGAGGGAGUGGAAGAGAUGACGACGGUUCCGGAAGAUCAGGUGGAAGGCGAGGUGGGUAAAGGAGGUGGAGCGUCUGGUGGGUCAGGUGGCGAAUAUGAUGACGGAACUGGAAAAGGACGUUCCAGGGACAAGGCCGGUAGACAGGGUGGCCGAGGUAAGGACGGACUCAAGUCAAGAAAAGGGAAAGGUGGUGAAGACUCCAAUGACGACGGCACUGAUGACGACAACCGCGGAUCACGGAAAGGUAGAAGAGGUCGUGGAGGAAAAGGAGGUGAGGGAGGUGAAAGCGACGAUGAUGACGGGUCGGGUGGAAGAGGUGGUCGGCGUGGGAGAAAGAAGGGAGGAGAGGACGAUGAUGAUGAUGGCGGUGGAGGUGGUGGUGGUGGUGGUGGCAAAGGCAGUCAAGAAGAUGGCAGUGACCUUAGUGGAAAGAAAGAUGAGGAAGAUGAUGGAAAAAGAGAUGAUUGGGGUGUACGUCAGGGUCAAUCUCUGGAGGAACUUUACGGAAUCCCAGGCAUUGAGUGCGAUACACUAGAGAGGGAUAUUAUCAAGCACGUGGCUCACACUGACUCCGAUGGACCACGUCGGGAAUCGCUGGCGUUACUGACCGGAUUGCAGUCGGACAUCCCGACUGAUGAAGCUCCAUUAGCUAGUCAGAAAAAGUCACUAUUACUUAUCACCCAUCGAAUGGCUCAUGUGCAGGAAUAUGCAUCCACCAGGAAAAGAAAUACUGCAAGCAGCAUUUCAGAAAUGGGAGUGACUACUAACCAAGUAUACCAAGAUUUGGGUGAGUUCGGCGACUACUGCCCCGUAAGACUGGCCGAGCACGAUGAGCUAUUUGACUGUCUCAUCGAACACACUGCGCCGCUGGAGACAAGGCUGCCCGGUGUCGACGCGGCUCUCCCAAAUGCCAACUACUUUUCCGCUUUUGCCUCAACAUCGUGGCGCUACUUGAUCGACGAUCCCGACGCCGACCUGCAACCGCGAAUUCAUACCGACCUCCGCUUUGCCGUCGAGUACAGGGGCAGGAUUUACCGCACCGCGGGUCCCGAGGAGCUGCAGAAAUUUAUGGCCAAUCCUGAAAAGUACACCUCCCCUAACGCGCCCAGAGCACUGCCGGCGGAGAGCGAUCUCCCAAGGCUUCUGCCCGCGGGCUCGCCGCUUCGAGCCUCCUUCCCCACGCAAAUCUCGCUGAGAGGCUUCUGUCCGGUGUGCUUUCAGGAGUCAGGUUUACGCUAUGAGGGCCUACGAAUGGGCAAUAGGGAUAUUUUAGCCAAAUACCAAGGUUUGAUUUACGCAUUUUGCUCGGAGGACUGUAGAACAAAGUUUAUGCACCGUCCAAGCCGUUUCGGUAACCUGAAGCUGCCACACAAGUUGCCCCCGAUGAACCUGGCAAUUUCAGUCGACGAUUUGCCGCUGCCUGGUUACCUGGAACAAACCGUUGCCUAUGCUCUUCGCACCGCUCUCGCGAUGUGUGCCCAAUUUCGCCCAAAGUAUCCAUUCCUCACACCUGAACGAUCGGCACUUAUCUACAUGGCCCUGCAAUUAAUGGCGGUGAAUCCACAGAGCCCCGAGUACCUGAAAGAACGAGCACGCCGUCGAGUGGAACGGUUUGAGCGAUCCUGCUUGCUUAUUGAGCAGUUGGCAGCUACAAUGCCGCUCACCUUCGUGGAGGAACGCAAACGACCGCAUGUUUUUGCCCGGAAACUACAGGAAUUCCUUUCGCUUCAAGGACAGGAGGAUAAUGAGGAUGUCUGGGUGUCCUCUGUCUGA